CCCUACUUUGGCUCUGUGGUGCUGAGUUCAUUACUGACCCCAGCAGAGACAAUAAAGGCUCCAUGAGGUGCUGACAUCCAGCAUAAGGAACUGUCAAAUACUUCCUUCUACCAAGAAACCUCACCUUGAAGUCUCUCUUCUCACCUGGAAACUGAAGUGGAAACUAAAGUAGACAACAUGGCGUCACACAUCCCAGCGCUCGCACUCCCUGACGCUCCGAGGACUGACAGCGUCUUCUCUGUCCUCUCCGGCUUUUACUCUCUGGACUCCAACGUCCCGGGCCUCUCCAAGGUAAUUCUCAACAAGCUCAACAUGAAGGACUACGGAGAAUACAGGGCCACCGUUGAGGGAAAGGCGAAGGCAAUCUCAUUCCGCAACUACAAGGAGAUGUUCAAGAAGAUGGAGGAGACCUUUGAGUUCUGCACCAGCUGCAACACACUGCCAGCAAAUCUCUGCGAGGGUCAGACCCUGAAACGCUGCAUGAAGUGCUUGAAUGUGUACUACUGCACCAAAGAGUGUCAGCGAAAGGACUGGCCUCAGCAUAAAAAGGUCUGCAAGAAGCUGCGCCUGGUGGCCAUUGACAGACUAGUGGAGUGGAUGAUGUUCACUGGAGACCUCCCAUUCCCCACGGAGAAGUGGUCCAAGUCAGCUGCCGAGGUGAAGAACUGGGACGACUGGCUUCCCAUGCAGGGGGACCUCACGCCACGUCUGGACGCCAUCUUGUCUGGUACCAACAUGGAGAAGCUUUGGCAGAACGCCAGCAGGCCGAGGCCUGAUGACUCCGACCUGCAUCAGUCUUUAUGGCGGAUUCAGAGCGAGUUCCUCUCUCGAGUUCUCUCAGUUGGGAUGGCUGUGCAACAAUUUGGCCUUGACCCUUACGCUAAACCUCUGACUAUUCACAUAGCAGGAGUAUCUCACAAUGAGACCAUGGGAGCCAGACUGACGGACUACGACGAGCUGAACAACAUGUUCCCCGGACACCAGGGCAUAGAGAUAGUCAUGGUGGGACCAGAGGUGGUGGACGGGCCCAUCGUAAGGCCUCCUCUCAGGUCGUUCGGCCCCAGGCAGAGUGUCUUCAUCAGCGCCUUCAAGGGCCUCUACCACCAGUUCUGGGAGGAUAUGAUAGAGAAAGAGGAAGCAGCCAAGCCAGACCUGGUGGUUGGAUUUCAUCCUGGUUUCCACGCUAGUCCGGGUCUGAUUGAAGGCUGGCUGCCCACCCUUCUGCUGCUCAGAGAUCUGGACAUCCCCACCUGCUUCACUCUGUACAGCGACAAAGAGCUUGAGCGCUCGCUGCAGAUCCUGUUGGAGUUGGAGGUGCACAUCGAAGACAGUGGACCUAACCCCUUCGCCUCACAGAAGCCAGAGCAGGUUCAGUCCACCCCAAACAAAACCCCGGUGCACUGCAACUCUCACUACAUCCGUUUCCAGGGACUGCUGCCUCAAGAAGAUUUAGAGGAGUCUGGGGUAGACAAUUAAGGGAUACCAAAACUUGUAAACCCUGUAAGAUGUUGUUUUCAAAAUAGGAUUUGGGGACUUUAUGAGGUCAUUGGGGGUACCGGCUGCCUUUUACAGAUGGACGUUGCUCAGCUGUGCUGAAAAAUGGCAAAUAUGGGUGCUGUGUAUGGAAAAGAGAGCAUGAAAGUGGGGGAAAUAAUGCACCUUCACUGCACUAAACACACGUAAAUAAUUAAUUAAUAAGACAGAUUACAAAAAUCUCUCAAAGCUCAUUAUGUAUGGCACCUGAGGGCCGCAGCAGGGUGCAGAGGUUUUUUCUCUCCUCAUGCCCCGAGGUCGCAUCAAAGUUGGAUAUAAAGGGUCAUGGGUAUGGAUAUGUAAUGAGACCAAAAUGAGUUAUUUCAUCAUUUGAACGUUUUCUGUAAUUUCUUCUGUCGCUAUGUAUUCCCAAAUCUCACAAUAGCUGGAUGAACUCAAAUCAAAUGCAUGCUGAUGUAACACAUGAUCUAAGAUUACCUCUAAAUAAAUUAUACACUUUCACAGUGCCUAAAAUGUGUUUAUUUGUCUUAUUUGGAUUCUCUUUGUAGUUGUUGCUCGACUCUGAAUGGUGAGUCCAUCCUGGAGACUCUCUAUAAGCAAUCAUGCCUUUUCCCUGUUGCUUUACAAUAAAAA